UUUGGGGCACCACGUGACCUACGUGCACUACUCGCGUCACGUAAACACGCAUGUUUGAGUCGCGGUUGUUUUAUUGGAUUAUAAAUUGUACGCUCUGGAAUAAUUAAGCGAAAAGACGCAGAAUAAAGAGUUUAUAAAGCGUUAUGAAGGUGAAAGUGCUUUGUCGGAACCCGGACGAUUAUGUUCGAGAAACUUCAAGAGAUAUCCAGCGCGUUCCCAGGAAUUAUGAUCCCACUCUACACCCGUUUGAGGUGCCAAGGGAGUACACCAGAGCCCUGAAUGCCACUAAGCUCGACCGGAUAUUCGCGAAGCCCUUCGUGGCAUCGCUGGAUGGCCACAGAGACGGCGUCAACUGCAUCGCCAAGCACGUCAAGAGUCUCUCUACGGUGUUGUCCGGGGCGUGUGAUGGACAGGUGAAGAUUUGGAACCUGAGCAGACGGGAAUGCCUGCGAACGAUCCAGGCUCACGAAGGCUUCGUCAGGGGAAUAUGCUCACGCUUUUGUGGAACUUCGUUUUUCACGGUAGGAGAUGAUAAGACCAUUAAGCAAUGGAGCAUGGAGGCCCCUGGUUAUGGUGUGCGGGAGGAACCAUUGACCACUAUACUUGGGAAGGCUGUGUACACAGGCAUUGACCAUCACCAGAGUGAAGGUACUUUCGCAACAUGUGGCCAGACGGUGGAUAUCUGGGACGAGCAGAAGAGCAGCCCCAUUCGCUCCUUCAGCUGGGGGGUAGAUAGCUUCAGCUGUGUUCGUUAUAACCCUGUGGAGACUGAGCUCCUUGCCAGCUGUGCCUCGGACAGAAGUAUCAUACUGUAUGACAUGAGAGAGUCGACUCCACUUAAAAAGGUUGUAAUGCAAUUGAGAAGUAACACACUUUGCUGGAACCCCAUGGAGGCGUAUAAUUUCACGUGCUCCAACGAGGACUAUAACCUGUACACCUAUGAUAUGAGGCGUCUGGACGCACCAGUUACAGUACACAUGGACCACGUGUCCGCUGUGCUGGAUGUGGACUACUCGCCCACGGGGAGAGAGUUUGUGUCAGCCAGUUUUGACAAGACGGUUCGCAUCUUCCCCAAACACAGCGGCCACAGCAGGGAGGUGUACCACACCAAGCGCAUGCAGCACGUCAUCUGCGUGAGAUGGUCAGCAGACAGCAAGUACAUCCUGAGCGGCUCAGACGAGAUGAACAUCCGCAUCUGGAAGGCCAACGCCUCGGAGAAACUGGGAGUGCUCACAUCUAGAGAAAAGGCUGCCAUACACUACAACCAAAAGCUGAAGGAGAAGUUCCAGCACCACCCGCAGGUGAAGCGCAUCGCCCGCCAUCGCCACCUGCCCAGAGACAUCUUCAAACAGAAACGAGAGCUGCGGGAGAUGAACGAGGCAAGACGCAGGAAGGAACAAAACGUACGCAAACACAGCAAGCCGGGCUCCGUUCCCUUGGUGACCGAGAAGGAGAAACAUGUGGUGACUGUAGUGGAAUAACACGUCACUGCCUAAAGGAGCUUCAAUCUCACACACACACACACAUAAAAAGACUUUUGCCCCGAGCAGCUCUGUGGUGGUGCCAUUCUGAGACAUUUUCAGCAAUUACAGCUGAUUCAGUUUGUCUACAUUGUGGUAGACUGUCUCAGGAUCAGCUGCGGCAGUCAUAUCCAUUAGGAGGCGUUGUAUUCUUCAUCAAAAUACGAUGAGCGAUUCUUUACUUUUGAGAACUGAUUAAUGUCAUUAUUAUUGAACAUAUUUAAGUUUUCCACUCAGAAGGAUGUCAUGCUCACAAGUAAUAAAAUGUUCACUUUAUAUAAUAAUUUGCCUUGAGAUUUGUUUUUCUAUAUUUCAGAAACUUGUUUUUUUUUUUUUUUUUCACUUUUGCUUUCUCUGUUGAUAUCUCAUAAUUGCCUUAGCACUGAAAUGAGCUUAUUCUCUUAAUAAGAGCCAUGCUCAGGCCUUUCUCCAUUAGUCCAAUCAUUUCAGUCUUCUCAGCUUUAUCUGUAAUCCUGACUCAGAGUCUGCCUUUAAUACGAUCGUUAUUGUGACUCAUGUUUUGUUCUGCAUUACAGCAACUUUAAGUUAUGUUGUUUCUAUUCAAGUGGUAGAAAGUUAAAGUGACAUCUACAGUUUAGUUGUAGUAUUUAUUGUCCUUGCUGCGGUGUAUAUAGGAGACACCUGAAAAAUACACUUUUCUAAAACAGUGAUCAGACCAAAUAUUCACUCGGAAAAACAGUUCACUGAAGGGGAAAGGACGUGGAGUGUGAAAGAUGCACAGUUCCUUACUUUGGCUUAACUUUAGCUGAACUUUUGGCAUGAAUUCACAAGUGUCUGUGUUGUGGACCAGUAGAAAUCAAGUAGGCGGGACUGUGCUUAAUUUGAUCGGUAAAGAAAUCGAGGAGGAUUUAAUUAUUAACUCGGUCCUCUGCCUCAGUGUUUUCUUACUGUUGCUUGGCACACAAAUAAAAUUAACACCUACUGGGUUUUUGUGGUAAAAUUAAUUUUUUUCCUCUCUACAAUACAGGAUUUUCUUGUUACUAAUUUUGCCAUUUUUGUAGGCUUUUUGGUAUCUCUGAAGUGUUUGCUGUGGCAUUACUGAAAUUUCUACUCAUUUCAAACUGAUCAAGUAAAAUUUUUAAAAGUUGCAUUGUGCUAAAAGACAUUGUGUAAGAAAUAUUGUGAUUUCUAAUUAGAUUAGCAAAACCCAAAAUAUGAGUUGGAAAGAUAAGACUGUCACGAUCUUUGCAUCAAUCAUUAACUCUGCUUUGGAAAAGGCUCACCUUCUUGUCUAAUUAAAGUGUGGUCUAAUGUU